AUGGCUUUCCGUGGAUCUACGACGACAAUCGAUCAAACAGAUCAACUAUCUUCAUCACACAUACUUUCAUCAUCGCAUUCAUCACUCUCUCGUUCCCUUUCCUCUCGUCAUAUAUCUCAAAUCUCAAAAAUUUAUCGUCAAGCUUCAACUCUCUUUCUAACGCGUCGUUUACCCGAAUCGCUUUCAACUAUCUUACCAGUAAUUACACCAUCCUCUUCUUCCGAUAGCGAAAACAACAAUCCCGAUGAUUCUACAAAUCCGGUGACCUCAAUAUCUAAAGCUUCGCGUACUACUCGUAUCAAAGUCUGGAGUCUAUAUCUUACAAUCUUGAAUGCGGUUCUGGAAUUGGAUCCCGCAGAAGGAAAACAAGCAUUUGGAACAAGUCAAUUUAGAGCACUAGUCGCCAAAGUCAGGGACGGAGAAGUUUGGGAAGAGGUUGUAAAGAAUGGAUAUCAUGGAAUUGAGGGAGAUGUAGAUUCAGACGUUGUCAUAAACUUAGCAACCCUUCUCCUAGCUCAUGCUCGCACUCAAAAGAUUAAUCAAACUCGCCUCGAAACCUAUCUCGCAACAUCUGAUACUCCCUCCCUUUCCAUGUCCCAAUCUCCAACACCUACCGCCUCCAAUCCUUUCCCAGGUUCCAAACGUCGCUCCCAACCCGGAACAGACACACCACGAGAUCUAAACGCUCGUGUGAAGAUCCUAGAGCUAUAUACCCUCCAUGUCUUACUUCGCAACAAUGAGUGGGACUAUGCACGAGAGUUCAUCACUAUUAGUGAAGUCCUGGAUGAUGAAAGAAGAGAGGCUUUCCUUGGAGCAUUACGAAGUCUCAAGGAUGAAAGUGAGGAAGGAGAGAAGAGAGAAAGAUUGGAGAAAGAAUAUAGAGAGGAACAAUUGAAGAGAGACAUAGAAGAAAGUCGACGCCAGCGCGAAGAGGAACAAAGGAGACGAGAAGAAAUGGAAAAGAAAGCAAAAGCAAGCGCAGGAGGAACAUCAGAGAUCGACUAUGGAAUCGAAGACGAAACUCCGGUUGUGACUAACGGAUCCGCAAGAUCAUCCCCAUCACCUAAUAAUGCCCGACAAUCCAAAACCCCAAAAUCAUCAACCACCAAACCACACCCUCUAAAAUCAGUAGAAGAGACGAAGCAGAAAACCAUGAUACAGAAAGUGGGAAUCAUAAUGCGUAAUUUGAGAUUAUUAUUGGAGAAUAUGGGAGGAAGUCUUAAUUUCAGAAAUCCAAUGGCCAUGUUAAGAAUGGUAGCUUUCAUAGCAGGGAUCCUGGUAGUGUUUGGGAGGAGGGAAGUAAGGGAGAGGGUCAGGAGGAUGAUGGGUGAGGGAUUGGGAAGAGUUAAGAGAACGAUUGGGAUGGGGGUUAAGGUUAGUUACAUUUAA